CCUUCCUAGGGCACCCGGGGGCCUCAGCGGGGCUGACCACGCCCCGCGGCGCGCUCGUAGGUUAGGCCACAUCAGCGCACGUCUGUGGGUGCCCAGUGAACCGCCGGAGGAAAUUUCUCUUCUGGCCAUGGCUAUAUCCGCCCUUUGGUACGAAUUGGACUCCAAGAAGGAUGCUGUGAUCUAAAGGAGGAAGACGGAAGAUAGGUACAUCCUACACAGCAGCGGACGAAGUCGCCGGUAGCAACAUUUCUACAGGCAGAUGGAAGGACAGCCCUGGCGUCCUUGGAGUCCGAGGCCCUGCCAGCAGGUCUGGGGGCGGGGACGGAACCAGUGUCUCCAGCCGCCGGUCCAGUGGCUUCGCUGCUUCCUUGCCGUCUGCUUCGGGCCCCUGCCACCUCCAGUUUCCAGAAUGCCUGGCCCGACCCCCAGUGGCACCAACGUGGGCUCCUCAGGACGCUCCCCGAGUAAAGCGGUGGCCGCCCGGGCGGCGGGUAGCACGGUCCGGCAGAGGAAAAAUGCCAGCUGUGGAACAAGGAGCGCGGGCCGCACGACCUCAGCAGGCACUGGGGGGAUGUGGCGGUUCUACACGGAAGACUCCCCCGGCCUCAAAGUUGGCCCUGUUCCAGUAUUGGUUAUGAGUCUUCUGUUCAUCGCUUCUGUAUUUAUGUUGCACAUUUGGGGCAAGUACACUCGUUCAUAGAUUUGGCUACAUCCAUCUGUCAUCUGAAGAAAGAGAAAAAAAAUCAAUAUAUCUUGGACCAAAAGCAUAGUGAUUUUCUGUUCAUGAGAAAGAAAUUUUCUGUAAGCUUACUGUUUUACAGGGAACUUAACGAGAAUUGAUUUUAAGGAUCAAUUUUUUUUCUAUGGCUAAUAAACUUUUUAAUUCAUUUA